AUGGCCGCGCCCAACCCUGGAGCGGCUGCUGGCUCAGGAGGAAUGCCUAGUGACGCCCUGUACCGGGAGCUGUGGCAUGCGUGUGCUGGGCCGUUGGUCACAGUACCUAGACAAGGCGAGCGCGUCUAUUACUUCCCCCAGGGCCAUAUGGAGCAGCUUGAGGCUUCUACACACCAGCAGCUUGAUCAGUACUUACCGAUGUUCAAUCUACCACCCAAGAUCCUAUGCAGUGUAGUCAACGUGGAACUACGGGCCGAAGCUGAUUCAGAUGAAGUUUAUGCUCAAAUUAUGCUGCAACCAGAAGCUGAUCAAAAUGAACUCACCAGCCUGGACCCUGAACCAAAAGAACCUGAAAAAUGCACUGCCCAUUCCUUCUGCAAGACACUGACAGCUUCAGAUACGAGCACUCAUGGCGGUUUUUCUGUUCUUCGGAGGCAUGCUGAGGAAUGUCUUCCUCAGCUGGACAUGUCUCAAAAUCCACCCUGCCAAGAACUGGUUGCCAAAGAUCUUCAUGGCACUGAAUGGCAUUUUCGGCACAUUUUUCGAGGGCAACCCAAGAGGCAUCUCCUUACCACUGGCUGGAGUGUCUUUGUUAGCUCAAAAAGAUUGGUUGCUGGGGAUGCAUUUAUCUUCAUGAGAGAUGAAAAUGGUGAGCUACGGGUUGGUGUAAGGAGGCUCAUGAGACAAGUAAAUAGCAUGCCGUCAUCUGUCAUAUCAAGCCACAGCAUGCAUCUUGGAGUCUUGGCCACAGCCUCCCAUGCCAUCUCUACUGGAACCCUCUUUUCUGUUUUCUACAAACCAAGAACUAGCCGAUCUGAUUUUAUUGUGAGUGUUAACAAGUACCUUGAAGCUAAGAAGCAGAAAAUAUCUGUUGGAAUGAGGUUUAAGAUGAGAUUUGAAGGUGAUGAGGCUCCUGAAAGAAGGUUCAGUGGAACAAUUAUUGGCAUCGGCAGUUUGCUGGCAAUGUCAAAAUCUCUGUGGGCAGAUUCUGACUGGAGAUCUCUAAAGGUUCAAUGGGAUGAACCUUCAUCCAUUCUUCGUCCAGAUAGAAUCUCACCAUGGGAAGUGGAGCCUCUGGAUGCAGCUAAUUCACAAUCCCCUCAACCUCCAUUAAGGACUAAGCGUCCACGACCCCCAGCUUCACCUUGUAUGGUUUCAGAACUUCCUUCAGGUUUUGGACUCUGGAAAUCUCCAACUGAAUCAUCCCGUACACUCUCAUUUUCGGAACCUCAACGGGCUCGAGAGUUAUUUCCUUCAAUUCCCACGUCAACCUUCUCAUCUUCAUCAAACGUCAGUUUCAAUUCAAAGAAUGAGCCAUCCAUGCUAACCAGUCAGUUCUACUGGUCAGCAAGGGAUACAAGAGCUGACUCCUGCGCCGCUAGCACCAACAGAGUCAUUGUUGAAAAGAAGCAAGAGCCAAGUUCUGGUGGUUGCAGAUUGUUUGGAAUUGAUAUAUGCUCAGCUGAGGAAGAAGUAUUACCUGUGGUUACUGCUCCAGGUGUUGGUUAUGAGCAGACUGCUGCCUCUGUAGAGUUGAACUCGGAUAAGCUCUCACAGCCAUCAGAUGUCAACAAUUCUGAUGCCCCAGCAGCUAGCAGUGAGGGUUCACCUCUUGAAUCCCAAAGCCGGCAAGUGAGGAGUUGCACCAAGGUAAUUAUGCAAGGAAUGGCAGUUGGAAGGGCUGUAGACCUGACAAAGCUUAGUGGCUACAGCGAUCUUUGCCAGAAGUUGGAGGAGAUGUUUGACAUCCACGGGGAGCUAGGUUCCACACUCAAGAAAUGGCGGGUCAUUUUCACCGAUGAUGAGGAUGACAUGAUGCUUGUUGGGGAUGAUCCUUGGGAUGAGUUUUGCAGAAUGGUGAAAAGGAUUUACAUUUACACAUAUGAGGAGGCAAAGAGGCUGACAUCCAAGUCGAAGUUACCGGUGGAUCGUGUGAAAACUGUUGUCUCCGAAGGUGUCCGGGAGAUCUGGUUGAGCAGCGAAGAUACUGGUGCUUAUGUCUAUGAUUGCACAUCCCAGGCAAUGAAUCGUGAAUACACUGUUGGCGAGUUCAGAAAGGUAGUUGACACUCUGUGUGAGCUUGUCCCUGGAAUGCAAAUUGCUGCAGAUAUUAUCUGUGGCUUUCCUGGGACGCCUGCUGCUAGGAUGAAGAAGGUACCAAGCAAUGAAGUGAAAAAGCGGAGUCGUGAAUUGACUUCAGUUUUCGAAUCAUUUUCACCAUACCAAGGAAUGGAAGGCAAAGUAGAGAGGAUCUGGAUCACCGAGAUUGCGACUGAUGGUGUUCACUUGGUUGGACAUACCAAGGGAUAUAUCCAGGUGCUGGUAAUUGCUCCAGAUAGCUUGUUAGGAACGUCAGCAAAUGUGAAGAUCACAUCUGUUGGACGAUGGUCUGUCAUGGUGAUGUGA